GUAGCAUCGCUGCCUACGAUCAUCUAAGGGCGCAGGGAGUUACCAUCCUAUCUGAUCAAUAUUCUAAUUGAACAUCAGAUCAAAAGCUAGAAAGUAGAGAGAGAGAUGGCAGAGGAAAACAAAGUGACCCUAUAUGGAAUGUGGGCAAGCCCUUAUGUUAAGAGGGUGGAAUUGGCUCUCAGACUCAAAGGCAUACCUUAUGAAUAUGUGGAGGAAGAUUUGAGGAACAAAAGCCCAUUGCUCCUCAAAUUGAAUCCUGUUCAUCAGAAAGUUCCAGUUUUUGCCCACAAUGGAAAACCAAUUGUUGAGUCUCUUGUCAUCCUUGAAUACAUCGAUGAAACCUUGGAAACUGGCCCUCGACUUGUACCCGAAGAUCCCAAGUUCGCUUCUGGGCAAGCUUUAUGCAAAAGAUGUAUGAGAGCAUGGUCUCAGCUCAGUUGUCAAACCCAAUGGAGACGCACAAGAUAAAACCAUGAAACAAGUGACUGAGACAAUGAAGUUACUUGAAGAGGGAUUGAAGGGUUUCUUCCCAGAUGGCUUGAAGAGGGAUUGAAGGGUUCCUAAUUCAUUUGACAUAAAAAAUGUGGGACUGCUAGAGGUGGUCAUUUUUUUCACAUUUUGGUUCAUAUGAAGCUCAGGAAGAAGCCCUUGGACUGAAGUGUAUAAACCCUGAGAAGACUCCACUAAUUUAUUCCUCCAUAACAGCUCUGACUGAGAUCCCUGCGGGUGAAAGAGGCACGCAAUCGUCAUGAGAAGGUGGUGGCUUUCAUCAAGUUCAUUAGAGGAAAUGCCCUCAAAUAUUCUGCAGAGUGAC